AUGGCUUCCCGAAAUGUCGUGUUGACCUUCGCAUCGGCCGAGGGUCAACUGCUUCGUCGGCAAUGGCAGGGGAGCGGGCAAUGCCUGCGGUGCUUCCAUGCCUCGCUCCGCAAACGCGCCGACGAUGGCGGCUCAGGGCAGCACAACAAGCGAGACAGUGAUAGCAACGAUCAAGGCACGCCGUACAAUCAACCACAACGAGGUCCAAGCCGCCAUCAGCGUGCCGCCCAGAUAUCGCAAGAAGUCCGCAUGCUGAAUCGGGACACUACUUCGAUCGGGCCAUCAAAACCGCCAAAUGACAGUGCAGACUUCGCCGUUGGACCACAAGGUACCGGCGAGCUUGCAACACCGGGCCCAAUGGGACAGAACAUGUCGCCUCAGCGAGAAGGCCCGCUCGCUCAAGGCGUGGGCCGUAUACCCGGCGUUCGCAGGGAUGAAGGUAUGGGCGCGGAGACGGAGCAAAUCAGAGGCAUCAGGACGCCUGAAGCGGGCGUUGAAGACCCUGCUCAAGGUGGGGAGGCGGUCCUGCAGCAUAAGUCUGCGCAGCCAACAACCCGCGCGGCUGCAAAGGAAGCAGACAAUAUUUCUGCUCAGCCAGCAUAUGAGACUCCAUCAGAGACCCUGAUGGCUGGAUCGAACUCGCGACUCUCUCCACCGGGCCAGCGCUUCCAGCCUGAUCCUCUUGACAGGACUCAACUACUGGAGAAUGGCAGCAAAACAUCGACCAUAGCCUCGAACAACUUCUUGGGAGUUGUUGCUGACCACUUUCAUCAAGCCACGGCGCUCGGUCUUGACUCUGCGCACGGCGAGAUCAACAGCUUAGCUCUCAAGCUACUCGCUCGCCAGAUGGUUCGCUUUUCCUCGAAGGAAGAGAAGGACGCCGCCCUCGCUGCUGCGCGCAAGCUUCGCGAAACUGACAAUAACAGAGCGAACCUCAUGUUUCGCUUAAACAAGGUCAAAAGCCGCAGCAAUGACCGGGCCAACCAGCGUACACCCUUGAACUCUGCCGACCGGCUGAACAAGAACAACAACGUUCCAAAUGAGCCUAAGAAGAUCCUUAAAGUUGAGAAUCUCAGCUUUGGCAUCAAUAAGGAAGUGAUCACGGAGGCCUUCAGUAAACACGGCUUCGUACAAAGGGUUCAGAUCAAAAACGGCCGUGAGAAGGAACACAGCUAUGCCUUCCUCGAGAUGUCGUCCGCCGACGAUGCCAAAUCAGCAUUGGACCGGCUUCAAGGUGCCGAGAUCAGUGGUCGCAUCGCCAAGCUCGAUUUCGCGGAUACAAACUCACCACAUUGGCCGUCGACGCACUUUGCACCUCUGCCUGUGAAUGUGAGGUCUGCUCUUGUCGACAAGAUGGUCAAGGGACGCUAUGACGAAGACGGUCUGCUUCGAGGCAAAUCGAAGCACAAGCAGGCGAUCCUCAAUGAUAUCGCAAAAAUUGGACUGAAGAACGCAACAUAUUCAGGUGGAGACUUGGAACGAGUUCUGAAGAAAGUGAGAAGCUUGUUGCCAGUCACAGCGUCAAGCGGCGCACAGACGCGUGGUGCUGGUGUGCAGCAAAGGACGCAAAAGCGAACUGCAAAUUAG